UGUGAAUCUUUAAUUGCAAUUAUUACAGCACUAAAAGCAGAGCAGAGAGAGAGGCCCAUUAGGUAGUGGGAUUCUCAUUCGCAAUUCCACCACCCAAUUUGAUCAAAGAGAAUUAGCUUUGCUUAUUCUCUGUUCUUUUGCCAAAUUGGCCCUCCUUUCAAUUCCUCCCCAGUCCUUCUCCUUUUCUUUUACCUUUGCCCUCAUAUGCUUUGUGGGUCCCUUUCCCUUGCACUAAAUCACAUGAUUUCCAUUGUCAUCAUGGUGAUUAUAAUAUGCACCAUUUUCUCCUUCAUCUCCUCACUCCGCUACCUCAUCUUGAUACAUGCUGGGUUACUAAAGUCAUGGGUGUAUCAGGAUGCUUCUUGAGUCGUUGUUGCUUGUCCUUAUUAUUGCAUCCUCAGUGAGUACGUGUCGCGGCUCUGAGAAAAUAUCAAAAGGAGACAAGAAGUUACCGGCUGAAAGUUUGGAAGCUAAAGGCCAUCAUAUGUGUGGAACUUUUCUCAAUGGUCAUGCUUAUUUGAAGCAAAUCAUUUUCUCUUUUAUGAUCCUCAUCUUGUUAACAGACAGCUAUUCAUCCCAUGAACCCGACAUUGAAGGUGAGGCUCUCAUUGAAGUCCUGAAAUGCCUCAAUGAUACUAAUUCUCAGGUGCAUUGGGAUAACCACCUUGUGAGCCCAUGCUUCAGUUGGUCACAUGUCAGCUGUCUAUAUGGACAUGUCAAUACACUGAGCCUCGACUCAAUUGGAUUUUCAGGAACUCUCUCUCCUGCAAUUACCAAGCUAAAGUAUUUGGUCAACUUGGCACUACAGAACAAUAACCUGUCAGAUGUGCUACCCGAUUUCCUGAGUAACAUGGUGUACCUACAGAAUCUAAAUCUAGCAAAUAACAAGUUCAAUGGAACUAUACCUGCCUCUUGGGGUCAACUUUCCAAUCUAAAGCAUUUGGAUCUUUCGUCCAAUAACUUGACGGGAAAGAUCCCCACGCAACUCUUCUCGGUUCCAACAUACAAUUUCACCGGAACAAAUCUCAUUUGUGGCUCUAGCUUGGGUCAACCUUGUGUAAAGUCACCACUUUCAGCUUCAAGUGGCAAGUCGAAACUUGGAGUUGCUGUAGCUUCUGCCGGUUGUGGUGCAUUCACACUUUUGUGUCUGGGGGCUAUCUUUGCAUACUGGUGCCAUCAAAUGCACAAGUCCAAACAUGACCUGUUUGUGGAUGUAGCAGGUGAAGAUGACCGAAAAAUUUCUUUUGCUCAAGUGAGGAGAUUUUCUUGGCGUGAAAUUGAACUCGCUACCGAUAAUUUCAGUGAAAACAACGUAAUUGGACAAGGAGGCUUUGGCAAAGUUUACAGAGGUGUUCUCUCGGACAGUACAAAGGUUGCUGUUAAAAGACUCUCCGAUCAUAACAGUCCUGGUGGAGAGGCUGCAUUCCUGAGGGAAGUUGAUCUUAUAAGCGUUGCAGUUCACCGUAACCUUCUUCGUUUGAUUGGUUUCUGUACAACCUCUUCUGAAAGGAUACUUGUUUAUCCCUACAUGAAGAAUCUGAGCGCUGCAUACCACCUGAGAGAUUUAAAACCAGGAGAGAAAGGGUUGGACUGGCCAACGAGGAAGCGCAUAGCUUUUGGAGCAGCUCAUGGCCUGGAGUAUCUUCAUGAACAUUGUAAUCCUAAAAUUAUACAUCGCGAUCUAAAAGCUGCCAAUAUCCUCUUGGAUGAUGAUUUCGAAGCCGUUCUUGGUGAUUUUGGGCUGGCUAAGCUGGUUGAUACAAGAGUGACUCAAGUUACUACACAAAUAAGAGGUACAAUGGGUCACAUUGCUCCAGAGUACUUGUCCACUGGAAAGUCAUCAGAGAAGACGGAUGUUUUUGGCUAUGGUAUAACACUUCUUGAACUUGUAACUGGUCAGCGCGCGAUUGACUUUUCUCGGCUUGAGGAGGAGGAUGAUGUUCUUUUGCUUGAUCACAGCAAGAAGCUGCUGAGAGAAAACAGGCUCCAAGACAUGGUAGAUCGCAAUCUGUUGAUGUAUGAUGUGGAAGAAGUCGAGACCAUCAUCCAGGUGGCAUUGCUUUGCACACAAGGGAACCCCGAAGACCGUCCCACAAUGGCAGAAGUUGUAAAUAUGCUUCAAGGGGUUGGUCUAUCAGAGAGAUGGGCUCGGUGGGAACGACAUGAAGAGGAAAGGAGCAAGCAAUCCUUGUUCACGUCUCACCCUUUCCCUUGGGCUGAAGACACCACUCAACUUGAAGCCAUUCAAUUGUCGAAAGCAAGGUAGGACCGGUUUUGAACCGAACCUUUCAAGUUAGAAAAGGAUAGCAACAUCUUGACCAUUAUAUGUAAAUCGAUAUACAGAUCCUGGAAGCAUAAUAUCUCAAUUUUGUCAUCUAUUGGCUAAUACCUGCUUGUGUUAUAAUUACUACUGGAGACUAUGGCAUGUCUUCAUGAAUGAUCUCAGUGUGUAUGUUUAGAACAUUACAAAACACUGGCCUUUUGUCUCUGUUUGGUGUUGUUUAUAGUGAAGUUAUUGUCUAGAGGAAA